CGUGAAAGGUUGCUAAUUUGCUACUUAUUUAGUCUUAUUCUCUAAGCUUGAAAGUGAAAUACAAGCUACCAUUUUCCUCCUUCACUUACCAAAUCAAAGCUGUAUGUUUCUUCCUAAUUAGCAUGGUACCUGCAAUGUUUUGGCACACUACUUGUUUAACAAUUUACAUGUUGUUUUAUGCUUUCAUAGUAUCAUGUCAUCAAACAAACGCCCUUAAUACCCUCAAACAAAAGCCAAGCCAAUUUUCAUCUUCAACCAACUUCUUGUUUGGAGCAGCCUCUUCUUGUUACCAGUUUGAAGGAGCUUAUCUCAGUGAUGGAAAAGGUCUCAACAAUUGGGAUGUGUUUACUCAUGAACCUGGUCAUAUUAGGGAUGGAAGCAAUGGAGAUGUUGCUGUUGAUCAGUACAAUCGUUAUUUGGAGGAUAUCAAGCUCAUGGCAGAUAUGGGUGUGAAUAGCUAUCGUUUCUCUAUCUCAUGGGCGAGAAUUCUACCCAAGGGGACAUUUGGAGAUAUUAAUAUGGCUGGAAUUGAGCACUAUAAUAGGCUCAUUGAUGCACUCCUACAGAAAGGGAUCCAACCAUUCGUCACAUUAACUCAUUAUGACAUACCACAAGAACUUGAGGAAAGAUAUGGUGGUUGGCUGAGUUCACGAAUACGGGAUGAUUUCGGCUAUUAUGCAGACAUCUGCUUCAAAUAUUUUGGGGACAGAGUCAAAUACUGGACAACCAUCAAUGAGGCUAACCUCAUGGCUGAUCGUGGCUAUAGACUUGGAACUUACCCUCCAGCUCGAUGCUCUGGUGUAUUUGGAAAUUGUAGUGCUGGUGAUUCAGAAAAGGAGCCCUUCAUUGCAGCUCACAAUAUGAUCCUAUCUCAUGCAUCUGCUGUCAGAAUUUACCGCACUACAUAUCAGGAAAGACAAGGAGGCAUGGUUGGGAUUUCUUUGGAUACACAAUGGUAUGAACCAUAUAGCAAUUCCUCUGAAGACAUAGCUGCAACUCAGAGAGCUCGAUCCUUCUAUGUCAACUGGUUUUUAGACCCUAUUAUAUUAGGAAGAUAUCCUAUAGAAAUGGUACAAAUUCUGGGAUCUAAUCUGCCAAGCUUUUCCAAGAGUGAUUUGAGCAAUUUGAGUUAUGGUCUAGAUUUCAUUGGCAUCAAUUACUAUACGGGUAAAUAUGUCAAAGAUUGCUUAUAUUCUGCCUGUGAACAUGGGAAAACUUGGUCAGAGGGUUCCUAUUUUGUUACUACAGAAAAAGACGGUGUCUACAUUGGGCAACCUACUGUAGUGGACUGGCUCUUUCUAUACCCACAAGGGAUGAAAAAAAUUGUGAUGUACAUGAAGGAAAGAUUCAAUAAUACUCCAAUUGUUAUCACUGAAAAUGGUAUUGCCGAGAACGAUAAUCUGAAUCCUUCGAUAAUGGAUACCUUGAAUGAUAUUCAAAGAGUGAACUUUAUGCAUACCUACUUAAAUUCACUGGCAAAUGCAAUCAGCGAAGGUGCAGAUGUGAGGGGGUACUUCGUCUGGUCCCUUCUUGACAACUUUGAGUGGCUAGAUGGAUAUAGCCUAAGAUUUGGACUUCACUAUGUCAACUAUACUAAUCUCCAGAGAAUCCCCAAAUUAUCAGCUACCAGGUAUAAACAGCUCAUGUAUAACUUUCACAUACAGCUUGAAACACAAACUGCACAGAACUAGUGGAAGAAGAAAUGCAAAAGCGGAGACUCGUAAACGCGAAUUUUAUUUUGGUCUCUGUUGUUGGAAGGCAGUUUAUGUGCAAUCACACAAAUAACUGUGCAGCCUGCCUUCAUAUUGCACAAGUUGCUCAAGCUUCACCUGGUAUUCACUCCAAUGGAACUGUAAUCAUGUACAUGAGAAAUAUUCUGUUGAAUGUUGAUUUCUCUCCGUUCA